UAUCCUUCGUAUCCAGUGUCGCCAUUCCUCGGGAUUUUCCCUCAAACCUUGGGAUUCGGGGAUUUUACCAAAUAAUCUUGGACUUUUAAUUUACACUCAGAAAUUCACAUUAAUACUGAGCUCGAAAUUUUAGCUGAGUAACAUGGAGAACUGUGGCUUGCUUAAAAAUACAAAUGAACCAGUUCCACUAAAGAGCAUUGAGGUGGAUCUGCAGGUUCAGGGACAUGUAGCAACAGUAACCUCCACCCUUCAGUAUGUAAAUGAGGAAGAAAACCCACUGGAGGCCAUUUUUGUCUUCCCCAUGCCUUCUGAUGCUGCUCUUUGCCACUUCAGUGCCAAGAUUGCAGACAAAGAGGUAGUGGCCGAGGUACAGGAGAAAGAAAAGGCACGGGAGGAGUAUGACGAUGCUCUCAGUUCAGGUCAGCAGGCCUUUCUGCUGGAGGAGAGUGACGAGAGUAGAGAUGUGUUCAGGCUGAGUGUGGGAUCUCUGCCUCCAGGCCAGAGUGCCGCUGUCACCUUCAUCUACGCCAUCGAGUUGUGUGUACAGGCUGAUCAUUCACUGCGUUUCUGCCUGCCUGCAGUGCUUAACCCACGAUACACACCAGCUGGUACAGGUGGUGGUAUUGUGUCAGAAAUAACAUCAACUCCAUCUGGUGGUGUUCCCUACUCUCUCUCAUUUACUGUUCAUGUGAACUCUCCAAACCCCAUCACUAAAAUAGAGUCCAAAUGUUCUCUUGAGCCACUGGAGUUCCUCAACACAGACCACACCAAAGCAAAGGUGACCCUGAGAGCAGGUCAUAAGUUUGACAGAGAUGUCGAGCUGUUUUUGCAUUACCAGAAUCCUCAUCAGCUCACUGCUAUAGUGGAAGCUGGAACUCCAACUGCACAGCCAGGGACUCUAAUGGGAGACCCUGUUGUCAUGCUAAGUUUUUACCCAGAGUUUCCUCACUCAGUAAUGUCAUCUGUGUAUUCAUGUGGUGAGUUUAUAUUUGUAAUGGACAGAUCUGGCAGUAUGAAUCGCAACAUGGCAUAUGCCAGGGAUUCUCUGAUUCUGCUACUGAAGAGUCUCCCCAUGGGCUGCUACUUUAACAUUUACAGCUUUGGCUCCAAAUAUGAAGCUUUUUUCUUCAAGAGUGUGAAGUACAGUGAAAAGUCUGUGAAUAAGGCUGUGAAGAAGGUAAAAAAGAUGGAAGCAGACAUGGGUGGCACAGAAAUUCUGCAGCCUCUGAAACACAUCUAUAAGCAGCGGUGCAUCCCUGAACACCCCAGACAGCUGUUUAUUUUCACAGAUGGAGAAGUAGGAAACACCAAAGAGGUUCUUUCCUGUGUGAGGCAAAAUGCUGAUUUUCACAGGUGCUUCUCGUUCGGGAUUGGUGAAGGCGCAAGUACUGCCCUCAUCAAUGGACUGGCUGAGAACGCCUCUGGCUACGCCCAGUUCAUCACUGACACUGAUCGCAUGCAGGCUAAAGUGAUGCAGUCUCUCCGCUAUGCUUUACAACCAGCUGUGGUUGAUGUAAGGGAGGUGUGGUCGGGUAUGUGUACCACCCAUCUUAGCCCUCCCACUAAAACAAUCUUCAAUGGUCAAAGGGCACUUAUUUAUGCCCAGUUAAAAGGAGAGGACUGCCAAAAGCUGGACACCAGGAGAGAAGUAUUGGUAAAAUACCACCUAGGAGAUCAAGAAGUCACUAACACUCUUGAGUUUUAUCUCAAACCUGAAGAGAACAGUGGACUGACUAUCCACAGGCUGGGGGCUCGCUCUCUGAUCCGCUCUCUGGAAAGGGAGGAACAGGAUGAAGUAGCUGAUAAAGAUGCUCUCAAAGCCCAAGUGGUGGAUCUAAGCAUCCAGUCUGGAGUAAUCAGCUCCCACACUGCAUUCAUUGCUGUCCAUAAGGGGAGUGGACAGGCUGUAAAAGUACCAAUGCUGACAAGAAGAGUGCCUACAGCAUUACGUAUGUGCUGUUUACUGGAUUCCCCUUAUGAUAUUGAAGGAACAAUACCUGCUGAACAAGCUUGGGAAGGAUCCGAGAGGGGGCAAAAGCAAAGGGUAAUGCAGACAUCAGUAUCUAAGAAAUCAGUAAGGUCACGUCGUUCAUCAAAAAGUGCACAAGGUGCAUUUGCAUGGAUAGGAAAUCUGUUUAGUUUCAAAUCAUGUGGACAGUCUGUUGAGGAAGAGUCUUCUGAAUCUGUAAAGGACCCCUUGACUCAGCUUGUUUCUCUUCAGAAAGCUUCAGGUUUCUGGGAAAUGGAUUCAACACUGGCACAGGUCUUCAAAAAGCAAAAAGAAGAGCUGGUUAAACAGAUGCCAGCGGAGGUGGAUCCAGGGGUCUGGGCUACACUGCUAGCUCUGAUCUGGUUACAUGGUUUUCAGAUGGAUGCACAGGUUGAGUGGCAGUUUGUGGCCAUGAAAGCAGUGGCAUGGAUCCAAACUCAGAAAGUGGUCACUCUGGCAGAGUGUGUACAGGCAGGUAAUUCUCUCCUUGGCUGUCAGGUUACAGAAGAUGCUCUUGGGAUCUGAAGAAUUUAAUGAAGAAUGUUGCAGCAUUAAAGCAAAAGCUUAAAUUAUAUAUGUUUACAUAUAAUAUAUUUUAUCGUAUGUAUUUGUAAACUAUUCUAACGGUUCUAACGGUUUUCCUUUCUACUUAACUGAUUUCUGUUCCAUUGAUUAAUUGUCAUCGCCUGAGUAGGUCUGGUCCCACCCCUUUCCUUGAUUCGGUCCCUAUGUAGCCCCAUGCCCAAGCUGUUCUGCUGUUUGGCAGCAUAAGCAAACUGUGUGGAUGUGUGAUUGCAUGUAAACCAUUUACAUUAUGCGAUUUACUGACUAAUUGGUGAAACUGUGCCUAUGUAAUCAAGCUUUGUGGACAUUGAACCAUUUCAAGUUGUGACUGUAAUCCUCAGUAAAGAAGGAAACCUUAAUGUAAUUCUCCUGUGUCCUGUUUUACACAAGAAAUAAUAUGCUUU